CAUUUGUUAUACGAGUGAGAACGCGUCAAGAAGUCGUUGUGCGCGGCUGCUAAUCACAGGACUACAAAGGACUUGCAAUAUAUUGCUCGGUAUAACUAAAAGUGAUAAGAAUUCGCAGGCGAAUUAAUAGACCAAAAAAAAAAGAUACGUUCCAUAAGCAAUCCACACGCGCUAAAUCAGAAUUUAAUCCACUUUGAGUACACAUGGGAAAAGUUAUCGAAAUCGAGUCGCUGAAACCAACAAAAUAUGAUCCACAUGCGCUAUAAAUGUAACUUAUGUAAGAAACUAACGAAAAAAAUCCAAUAAACCAAAAGCACGUUCCACAUACAAUCCACCGGCGCAAUUCCAUUAAAUUCCAAAUAGAAUCCACAUACAAAAAACUGUUGAGAGCGACUUUCCAUCCGGUGGUAUUCACAAAUAACGUGCAAAAGACAAAUUAUCACGUUUCAAAUACAAUCCACAAUUGUGAAAUUCAAACGAGUUACGUUCCACUUAGAAUCUUCAUUCGAAAAUUUGACAAAAACGAAGUUCUACACGCGCUCAAAUGUAUGCUAGUUGCAAAUAGAAAACAGCGUCCAAAUACUAACGUUCCACAUAGCAUCCACAUGAAAAAUUUUGACGAAAACAAACUGCUGAAGCAAAAACCAUACUUUCCACAAGAAUAACAGAUAUUGGUGAACAAACCCCAGCCAUAUAUUACAUUCCACACAGCAUCCACAUGCGUUCCACAUUGCGAAAUUUGUGCUCCAGCUUAAUUGUGCUCUUUGUGUUACUUUUCAUCGAUUCCACGGAUCCGCAAAUCCUGCGCACACGCCGCCAGAAUCGCUCCCAUCAGCUGUUGGACAGCAUUGGGAUUCAGGCCAAACACUUCAAUCCCUUGCGUCCGGUUAGCAAUGCUCUGCCGGAGUACACGGACAUAGAUCGGAAUUAUCGCCAUCUGCUGCUCACCACACGCAGCACAGCGCUCAACUGGGCGCUGCGGGAUAUCGAGGCGCUUUACCGGCGCAGUCGGCACGAGGGCAAAUGGCAACCUCUGAUACCCAGCAAUGUGCCGUUUCCCUGUCCGCUGAAUAAUACACGUUCCCGCACGCCGCCCACAUCCGUGGAGCGUUUGCGACCCGGCGACAUAGACAUCGUGGCUGCGCUGGGCGAUUCCCUGUCCGCUGGCAAUGGCAUUAUGUCCUACACGGCGCUCGACCUGAUCAACGAGUUCCGUGGCCUGGGCUUUUCGGGCGGCGGCCUGGGCAAUUGGCGCAACACGCUGACGCUGCCAAACAUACUGAAGGUGUUCAAUCCGCAGCUCUAUGGCUAUGCCACGGGCCACGGCCUGGUUGUGAAUCAUGGCACCUCGCGCCUGAGCAUUGCCGAGCCGAUGAUCAUGUCGCACGAUCUGCUCUACCAGGCACGCGUCCUGAUCGAUCUGCUGCAGCGUGAUCCCCAUGUGGACAUGCUGCGGCACUGGAAGCUGCUCACCGUCUUCGUGGGCAGCAACGACAUCUGCUCCGACAUGUGCCACUGGACGGAUCAGCGCGAGCUGCUCGAGCGGCAUGCGCGCGAUCUGCGUUUGGCUUUCCGACUCCUCCGCGACAAUGUGCCCAGGCUGCUCGUCAAUUUGAUUGCGGUGCCCAACAUCUUGCUGACGAUGAGCCAGCUGAAGAGCGUGCCGCUGCAGUGCUAUCUGGUGCAUCGCAUUGGCUGCCAUUGCCUGAUGAGCGAUCGCCUGACACAGGCCCAGCUGCAGCAGCGCCACGACACGAUUUUGCGCUGGCAGCAGCUGGACCUGGAGGUGGCACGUCUUCCCGAAUUCCAGCGCAAGGAUUUCGCCAUCAUUGGCCAUCCCAUGAUCACAAACAUGACCGCGCCCACGCUGCCCAAUGGCAACACGGACUGGCGCGUCUUCUCCCACGACUGCUUCCACUUUAGCCAGCGCACGCAUGCGAUUGCCUCCAACAUGCUCUGGAACAGCAUGCUCCUGCCAGACGACCAUAAACCGCGGCCCAAUCAGCUGCCGGAGCUCUUCGAGCGCUUCAUGUGCCCCAGCAGAGAGCAGCCGUACCUUGUGGUGCGGCCCAGCUGAGAGAUCUGGCCACAGGCUCAACCUACUCAAGUACCUUUGACCCUGGGUGCAU